UGCUGUGAGUGCACCAGCGCGCUUGUCUCUUGGUGACGUUUUCUGCCUUCAAACCACCACCAACCAAUGUGUGUCCGCAAGAAAUACUAUGCCUCCGACGCGGUGGAAGUCGCAAGUCGUCCGGCCGGUCCGCAUUUGCACCUAACCUGCUGUCGACGACGCACACACGCCGCCUCAGGAAUCGCAUUCGCGUCGAAGACCGGACUGCGGACCAGCUCGUCUCAUCAACAUAGGAGCUGCUAAAGAAAUUCGAGCCUAUUCUAUUAGAAUAAGUUUGCGAAAAUGGUCUCGGCUCAAGUCAAAUCAUCUAACGUCGACGGACAGAGUGUCGCAGAUUCAGCAGACGAAUUGCGACCCACAGUCACAGUGAGCUCACCACCAUCUACGGAAGAGGAGUGCAUAAUAAUACCCGUUAAAAAAUCCGGAAAGUAUAACACUAGCUCUGACUCGAGUGACACAGAAAGCGGUGACCCUGAUCAGAGUGUCACCAUUCACACCGUCAAAAACCCAACUUCAUGGUGCGAAACUCUGCUACAUCUUCUAAGAGGCAAUGUUGGGUCGGGGGUGUUCGCCAUGGGCGAUGCUUUUCACAACGCCGGCCUCGUCGUUGGCCCAAUUUUAACGCUGUUACUCGCCGUCGCCUGUGUCCACAGUCAACAUAUUUUGCUAAAAUGUGCGAGGGUUGUCGCAAGAAAAUCUCCCUCCAAGAAGACACCAGACUUUGCAGACACAGUGCGAGAAUGUUUCGAAACAGGUCCACCAAGCAUCAAAAAGCGAGCAGAAACAGCAAAGAUGCUCGUGAAUUUAUUUCUGUGCAUAACUCAGCUGGGAUUCUGCUGCGUAUAUUUUGUUUUUAUUGCCAAUAACAUGAAGCAGGUGAUGGAUGAAUACAUUCCUGCUCUGGACGUGAGGGUGUACAUGGCUCUUGCCCUGCCGCCCAUUCUAUUCUCGUCCUGGAUCAGGAGUCUCAAGUACCUGGCGCCUGUCUCUGGCGUGGCCAACCUUUUGAUGGCCGUCGGUUUGGCUGUGACAUUGUACUUCAGCUCUCAGGACUUGCCAGCAGUCACAGAGAGGAAGGCUUUCGCGGGCUGGUCCACUCUACCACUUUUCUUCGGAACGGCGAUUUACGCUUUUGAGGGGAUUGGACUUGUGCUUCCACUGCAAAAUGAAAUGAAAAAACCAAAGAAAUUUGCCGCCCCUGCAGGAGUUCUGAACAUUGGAAUGACGAUGGUUACCAUUUUAUUCACAGCUAUCGGAUUUCUUGGUUACCUCAAGUACGGAGAAAAUGUGGCUGGAAGUGUGACCCUGAACUUGCCCCAAGACAACGUACUGGCUCAAGGCGUUAAAUUGGUCGUUUCGGUGGCAAUGAUCUUGACUUAUGCCCUGCAAUUCUACGUCCCCAUUGAAAUUUUGUGGCCAUCAGUGAGGCUCAUGGUGUUUCCACAAGAUGCCGACAAACCAGAAAAAGCAGCGAAACCCAGAGCGUUGGCAGAGACUUUUUUCAGAACUGCACUAGUGCUUCUGACAUUCACCCUGGCAGAAAUUGUUCCCCAGCUUGGCUUAGCGAUUUCUUUUGUCGGUGCGCUCAGCAGCUCUGCGCUGGCGCUCAUGUUUCCGCCGCUUUGUGAACUGAUUUUGGCCUUUUCCAACAAAGAAAAGAAAGUGUCUGCUGGGCUUGUCGUAAAGGAUUUGGCCAUCAUACUGCUUGGCGUCUUGGGAACGAUCACCGGCACGUAUUUCAGUUUGAGGGACAUUUACUAUGCUCUGACAGACCAAGGUCAAAUUGCCGGUGGCCACUAGCUGAUUUUGAGAAAAACUGUGAUAGCCACAUUCCAAUGCAUUGUUGUUUAAUGUUUAAAUGCUAUAUCUUAAAAGAAAGGUGUCGGAUUUGUAAUAAAGAAAAUGUGAAAUUUCAAGUAUCCAAAA